AUGGAUACUGUUCCCUUGACGCCUCGCUUGGAAGACGGUAGAAUCCAGCGCGCCUCAACUACCCGCUCAUCGCAGACAUGCGUUGCUCGAUUACCUUCGCCAAAUUAUACAGAUGAUAAACAUUCUCAAGAUUUAGGAUACGUUUCUCCAUCUCGGGCGUCCUCGUUUCGUUCGACACUAUCUCGUGGCCUCAGCUUCAUCUCUUUCCGUCCCCCAAUAGCUCCUUCGUUCCUUUCAUUACCCUUUUUCCGCCACUCGGAUCCUGAAACGAAUACACUAUUCUCUGUCUCCAGUCAUACGACAGCUUCUUCUAUUGACUCAGGUCGAACACUGGUUCUCGGGAUCGGAACAACCGACAAGCUCACACAAAAAUGGCCUCGGCCACAGUCCCUGAGAGCGAAACGCGAUACCGAGCCGCAUGGUGCAACUGGCAUCAAAUUCUCCCAUGAAGCUGUAUCUGCCCUUUCGGAAGGACUGGGUCUGGGUGUGGAUAAGGCGCGCCAGUGGCCCUGUUUCAAAUGGUUCUUGCUGUUGUCGGAGAUCACCAUCUUUGUAUACGGUGCUGUUGCCAUGAUUUUCGCUUUAUCAAUUUGGUUUCGAACUUCGGACCACGCGGACGUGAUGUAUGUUGCAGACUACGACAUUCUCAUCUUAAUAACGCUAGCGGCGUCUAUACUACUUCUCACUGCCAUGGUUGGACUAACAGGAACCUUGUUGAAUUCUCGGCCGAUCCUUGCUGUGUACAACUUGCUUCUUUGGCCAGCCCUCAUCGCCAUGCUUGCUGUCGGAUACACUGGCUACAAGCGCUUCAGCUUCUCUCUCGAUCGCAAACUCAACUUCUCUUGGAGUAAAUAUUACACGCCGUUGGGGCGUCUAUUGAUACAGAACUCUCUACGCUGCUGCGGAUUCUACAGCCCUCUCCAUGAAGCCACCCCUAGCCACAGAUGCUAUGCUAGGACGCCCCUUCCCGGGUGUAAAGGGAAGCUGUAUCGCUUCGAACGCAAGAAUCUAGGCACCAUAUGGGGCGCAACAUUUGCCCUAGUCUUCUUACAUCUGAUCAAUGUCGCGAUAGCGCUUCUGUGCUCAAAUCAUGUUACGAGGACAUUCGGGAAGGGUAUAACGCCGAGGCAGUACCGAUUGACUGCAUUGGAUGUACAGGACGAUGCGCAGAAGUUUUCAAAAGUUGUAAGACCGGAAAUGUCAAGAGUGGGUUCAAACGGGACAUAUAGAGAAGACAGGGAGCAAGUGUAUAUACAUGAGUAG